AUGUCAACCUCGUCGAUGAACGAGAUACUGAAGUUCAUGCGCGAGGAGUACGAUGCGCAAGAACUUUUGGACACGCUACCUGGACAUGACCGUCUCAGGUGGAUUCCUUGGUCGGUCAACACAACUGUCGAUCUUCCAGAAGCACUCAUUAUUGGCACCGUUGAACGCAGGGAUGUCCUUGCGUAUGUCACGCAGAAGGGCGAGAAACCGCGCGAAGUGCGCUACUGCUCUAUUCCAGCAGGCCGACCUAGCACCUCAGCAUCCCUCCAGACGCUUACGCAGGAUGAAGUGGUGACUAUGAAACUCGAUGCACCAUUUAAGUACAACGCGGAUUCGGCCAAAGGAAUGAAGCGGAAGUUCAGCGUCAUCAUCAAGUGGUACUUCAUGGCAAGAGGCCUUUUGGAGAACGCAGUCAGCGGCGAUUUGGCGGACUGGUGUAAAAUCUUCGCCAAUGCGUUGCGGAAUGUUGAGCCUGACCCAAGAGCCAUAAAAGGGAAGAAGAAUGCUGCGGGAAAGCCGGUUGCGCCACGAAGAUCAGCAGCAUUGGGGUCCGAGCCUUCAACACCAGCCAUGAAACCUCACGAGUCAGGUCUCGCUAAUCCACGAAGGCCAGCAUCUGGAGUCGCCAUAGUCGAGGAAAGUCCAGACGCCGAAGAGCCAAACAGUCCUUAUGGUUUGCGCUCGGCUCGGCGCGGUGAGAAGGGCAAUACCACGGAAGGCGCCGCAGAUUCUCCACAUGAACAAAUACCACAUACUCUCGGAGCCGAAAAUCCCGCCUUUGAGACUGUGCGCCGUUGUUUAGAGGAUCAGAACAUCGACUACUUGCUCAGGAAUCUGCCUGCAGUCUCUGAACAUCAGUUCUUUGAUGCUAGAGGUUCGGUGCCAAAGAAGCUAUACAUUGGCCGAACUGCGGAUCGCAGAGACAACAUAUAUGCUCACCUGCGCGUGGAUAGCGGCCUUCACUUUGUUGAAUUCUGGUCACGCGAGUCGAAGAGCCAUAAAGAUGUGAAACGGAUGUGGCAAGAAAUUGCAAAGCAAUCUCUUAUCCAUCCAUUCAAUAAAACAUAUGAGAAGAACAGCAAGACCACAACCAUAGACGCUAAAAUACGGCUGGACACCAUUAUCAAGUGGUACUUCCUCGCAGAAGGUGCGGGCAAAGACUUUGUCCUAAAAGAAAGUCCCACUUUCGCUGUAUACCUCAAACAGGCUCUCGCAUACAUUGCCCAGCGUAUGGGUCCUGCUGCCGUGCCAGGACCUUCUGAGGAUUCCCUCACAUCUUCAAACCAAGCGACAAACAAAUUCCCAAAGCAAACACCGCCCGCUCGCCCGCUAGAUGAAAGCCAAAUCCAGACUUCCCUCGCCUCAGCUGUGCCCUCCUCAGCAACCCAAGCCUCUCCUCGCGGGACUAAACGCACUUUUGAAGACGCCACCUUCGAAGCCCUCAGCGACCUCAGCAGUAAGGAGCGCAAGCUUACUACCGACAUCAACAUUGUGGACGAAGAGCUCGAGACGCACGAAAUGAAGAAGAAUAAUUUCGCUGAGCAGCAGGAACGUGACAAGCAGCAAUGGCUUGCUAAGUGGGAACUUGAGAAGCAGCGAUGGCUUGCCGAGUGGGAGCUCAAAAGCCAGAAUUGGGUGGACGAGUGGGAGAUGGAGCAUGAUAGUAUACUUGGAAGGAGGGAGACUAUUGCCGAGGAGAGGCACGGAGUAAGGCAUAAGUUCAGACGGUUGACCUUGGAAGUAGGCCAGGAAGAGUGA